AUGGCGGAAUCAAAAACAAUCUUCAUCGUUUUUGUUAUUUGUCUCUUAUGCACAUUGUUGGUGAGCGUCUCUGGAUCACAGGCCAUUGGAUCAUGCAGGACAUCGAAAGAUUGUGAUUCGACUGAGCUGACCAAGACGAUGCUUUGCAAGAAGGACCGUGACUGUCCUAGUUCUAGUAAAUGCCCUAAAGACUUCUAUUACUCUUGUCUUCAUGGAGAAUGUACUUGUAUUGCAGUAUAA